GGGAUUGAAUAGACUCGACAAAACAUGGAAAAUGUUAUGAUGGGAUUCUUUGGUAGAAAGAAAGAGAUGGAUUUAAAUAAAUCGAUAAUAAAUAAAAGAAUAGUACCUCAGAUCAGAUGGUGGUGUCCAAAUGGUCCAUGAUCUUCCUGACCCGAAAUCGAGCUCUGUGACGAGUUACGUCGAGCAAAUGGCGGCCACGGUUCCAAGCCAGGCGGAGACGGCCAUCGCCGACACCGCCCUUCCUUACAAGCUUCUGCUUUCAUGCCCGCUCGGGCUUUCUCCUUCCCAGGUUUCGGUGGAUUUCGACGAAUCCUACGAUAGGAUUCCCCAUCCAGACACUGACUCGGAGAACUCAAUUUCUGAGAUAUGGGAUGCGAGAAUUCAGAAGAAUGCAUCUCUGUUUAAUGGGAAGAAGUUCAGGUAUGCAGGAUGCAGUUUGCCCAAUGAAAGAAAUGGCUCCACUAAUAUCUCUCUUGUGGCCCUCCAUCUUGGUUUGACAGAUUAUAGAACUUACUGCCUGUCUAGGACGUUUGUGGGGACGAACUUAAAUCCUUUGUGGGAAAGGUUCCUGGUUCCAUCAGAAGAAGGAGAAGCUGUUUCGCUGACUAAUCUAUUACUACAAUAUGACCCUGUUCGUUGUCAGCACACAUCGAGCCCUUUGGGGAAUGGUGCAGUUGUGGAGACAUCAGACAAGAGAAUAGUCAUCCUGAGAAGAAGCAAUAAUGUUGGUGAAUUUCCUGGGCACUUUGUAUUUCCUGGAGGUCAUCCAGAGCCUGAAGAAGCUGGAAUAACAUCACAUCAGAAUGGGAAGAGCUUGACAGAAUCUGAACUCAUUAAUAGGAAAGUUUCCGAGGAAAUGUUUGAGAGCAUUAUUCGUGAAGUAGUGGAAGAAAUUGGAGUGCCUGCAUCAGCUCUUAGCAACCCUCUCUUUAUCGGUAUAUCACGGAGGGAGUUGAAUGUUAGACCAGCUGCUUUUUUCUUCAUGUCAUGUUGUCUCUCAGCAGAAGAAAUUCAGCAAUGCUAUUCUACUGCACAGGAUGGCUUUGAGUCCACUCAACUUCAUGCAGUGACACUGAUUGAACUAGAGAAGUUGGCCACCAAAAUGCCCGGGUGCCAUCUUGGGGGAUUUGCACUGUACAAAUUGAUGUUAGAGGCUCGUAAGGAGACUUAACAAGCAUUAACCGCCGAAGUCAACUCAUUUCAAGCAGUGUAUGAGGAUCUCAUGAAGAGCAGAGGUGAACGGCAGGUUGCUUCUAAUUUUCGAGACGGUAUAUUAUUCAUAUGAAUUCUGCAAUUAAUCAUUGAACUAGACUAAUUAGAUUACACAAUUGGGUAUUGGGCCUUUCCUUUGUAAAGAGUGUAUUACUUCCACGCGCAUUAUCGAUCAAAUCCAUAUGAAGCAACAGUUAUGGUCAGUUCAUAAAUUUUGAAGAAAGCUUAUAUGCACAUGUCAGUGCAUGGAUCUCCUAUAUAUUGGCUUUCCAACGGAAAGGCAGGUUGGUAAAUUUUGCCGAAUCCGACCAAGGAGUUGCAGUAUGUAUACACAUGACGGGGUUAGGGAAAUGACAAUUAUGUAUUGGCCAACAGGGUGUGGGGUCUGCAUUUGUAGUGCGCACUUGCGGCCGAUAAUCCUUGUCCAGCCACUGGCGGAAGGUACAAAGUUUGGUGGGGCUGAGCUUUGUUUGCUGGAUUUUUUAGGCCCGUUUGCCCUUCAUUUUUAUUUGGUAAAUUACGUUAAAGAGGAAUAUGUAUUAUUUGUAAAAAGGAGAAUUCCCCUUUUAAACUCUGCUUUAGUUUGAUAUAUACAAAUCCCAACAACUUUAGAACA